CUUGACGGUAACAUGCCAUUGUUCAGUUGGCCCUUCUGGGAACUGUCAUUUUCGGCUUGGCUUUACACAUUUUUUGGUUAUCGUGCAGUACCGGAAUCUAAUGGUAUAUAAUGUCCGAAUUCACUUGAUGUUGCAAGAUCUUCACUGCAUUUUCAAAGACGAGAUUUUGUGAACAGAAGACAAACAUGAACCAAACAAUAAUGUGUUACGGACUAUUGGUUGCAGCUCUGUUCUGUCUUGCAGGUUGAUAUUGAUUUAAAUAAAAACCUGAUGGACUAUUAACAACAACGCAAAAUAUUGUUUUUUUUUAAAAAUUAAUUAGUAUUUCUCUUAGUAUUGAUCUUUAGAUGAUGCUGAAAUGUAGCAGCACUUAAAAGUCUUACAUUACAAACCGUAAAUGAGUGGCAUUUGAUUAAAAUUUAUUUUUGUAUUCAAACCCUGACACAUAAUUGCGUUGUUGACCUAUUUCCGAUUAGUCGAGCAGAUUUUUAAAAAAAAAUAAUAACAUUUCCUUUUUUUUCUUUCCCUAACCUCAAUUCUGAAUAUGUACACAUUUAAAUUGAUCAAUUUCAUAAAACAAGAUUUUAAUGUAAGUCAAAUCUUAUUAUUUUUUAAUAAGAAAAUAUCAAUGUAAUUUUUUAAAAAAAUGUAUUUAUUGAAGUGUUGAUUUCCUCUUUCAGUUGAAGCUCAGUGGAAUCCUUGUCAGGGCAGACAAGAUCUCGCCCUGGCCGAGAUCGGCUGCUGGGGUUACAAACGCUGUGAGAACGGGUCACCCGUCACAUACAACUGUACCGCCAUUGGACGGGUCUAUCACAGGGAUUGGGCCAGAUGUGUUAUGUGAGUAGGGAUGCCAAUAACGUUUUUUUUUUUUUUUUUUUUUUUUUUUUGGGGGGGGGGGGUUCGGUUAACCGGUUAUCGGUUUUAGAAAUCUGGUUUUAAACCAGCUUUCAGUUUUUUUACAAUCAGGGCCCGAGUCCUGCAGGAACGCAUGGGAACGGCGUUCAUGCCAUCAUGGUUUUUACCCCCUUAGAAAUAAAUUAAAAUUUAAUUCGGAAGGUGGCGAACUUGGUGAGUUCCCACACAUUGCUCCCCAGGACUUGACCCUUAUUUUCAACGUUUCCCAAACUGUUCCUUACAGUCAUGCCCGAUUGAAAUUGUAAGCUAGUAUUAGACCCCACCAUCCACGGGCUUAGGGGCAGAGAUGGAGAAAGUGAUUAUUUCAGAAAUUUUCCCGGGUGGGGGGGCACUUCAGAUUUUUCGGGGGGGGGGCAGUGCCAGCAGUGCCAGUUGAUUUAUUGUUGGACAAUCAUUAAGCUGCAUGAAAAUCAUUGACGUCAACCAAUAAGAUGCAUGAAAAUCAUUGACGUCAACCAAUAAGAUGGAUGAAAAUCAUUGACGAUCGCCCUUUUGAUUGAUUAAAAAAUUGUAAACCGUUCAGUUCUGUUUAUUGUAUUUUUCCUGCAGCGUUGGGACCAUCGGGACCUUGUGUGGGCUGUCCGCCGAAUGCCUCAAUAAGAAGAACGGCAACUACCCGGAUGUCAGCACGGGCUGCACUUCUUUCUACUCCUGUUUUCAGGGGCAGUUCAACGGGAGGUUCUACUGUGAUGCCAGUAAGUUUGAGAGUCAUGUGUGUGUGUUGUUGUUUUUUUUGACCAUCGUGCGAAGGACUUUCGGUUAACAGGAAAUGGCAUGAGGUGAACGUGUUGACACCUUGUCAUGUAUUUAAAAGACAGGGGAGAGAAGAUUUAAAUAAUAUUGAUUUAAUAAGAGGCAGUGGAAAGACACAAAGACUGAGACUUUUAUUCAUGGUUUGCACCCUCUCAAAUUUUGUAUAUUACCUCUCUGUCAUUUUAUAUAUUACCAGUAUUACCACUCUGUUAUUCUAUAUAUUACAUCUCUGUCACUCUCCCUGUCUUUCUAACUAUUAAAAAAAAAAUUAUGAAAUAAUACAAUACUUAGAUAUUUAGAAUACCUAUAUUACAACUGUUUUUGUCUGUUCCCCACCAGACCUUGUCUUCCACCAGAGACUGAAUGCCUGCGACUGGACCUCAAACGUACCCGCCCCGUGUGGUAGCAAACAAUGAGUUACCAGGCGAUAAGAAAUCCAAAAUACGCCAUGGCUGUCAUGGACAUCAACUCCGAUAUACGCCUUGACUGUCAUGAACAUUAACUCCGUUCUGUUCAACCUUCACAUCCGAUUUAAAAAAAUCCAUGAAUUUUACAAAUUAAAGAAGUAAAAUUAAUAAGCUUAUUGUCUUCUAAUAUGUGUGAUUUUAAUUUAAAUGAAAAAUUAAAAUUGUUCUACAUAUUCGUAAUUACAUACACUGAAAGCUGGGACAAUUUUGAUUUUGUCAUAAUUUAGUAAUCCAAACUUGGAAAUUUGAGAUCAAAUAUUAACAAAAUUAAGCUAUUUGUAAAAUAUUUUAAAAAAAAAAAUAUAUAUAUAUAUUAUAAGUCCUGUCACAAUGAAGGAAAUUAGAAGAUUGUUGGACUGCGAUAAGGAUUUCAAGUAGAUUAAAUAGACAAAAAAAUUUGCGAAAAUAAAACCAUAUAGGUUUAGAUUUAAUAAUGAUGAUACAAAAGACACAUUGUCAUUUUUAAUGUCAAUAAUUCGACAAAUGCCUUCACCAGUACAC